UUCAAACACGUCGUAGGUGACCAGGGAUCUUCAGACUGCUGCAACCUCAGAGUGGGCGAUCGCCAUGAGUUUGGAAGCGCUUCGGUACCGCAGGGGAUCCCUGCAGAUUCUCAACCAGCUUCUGCUGCCUCAUCAGACUCUCUAUGAGGAAAUAAGCAGCGUUCGCCAGGGCUGGGAGGCCAUUCGGUCUAUGAAGGUGCGAGGUGCUCCAGCCAUUGCCAUCAUAGGUUGUCUGAGUUUGGCAGUGGAAUUGCAUAAUAAAGGACAUGAAGAGCUGAGUUUGGGUAACCUGGAGAUUUUUGUGUUGGACUCACUAAGCUACUUAAUAAGUGCCAGACCUACUGCUGUCAAUAUGGCCCGGGCAGCUCAGGAGCUGGGACAUUUUGUCCAGCAGGAAGCAAAAAAUGAAGGGACUACUCCAGAGAGUUUACGAGAAAGUGUGAUCAACUGGGCAGAAAUGUUGCUGGAGAAAGACCUGGAAGACAACAAAAGCAUUGGGGAACAUGGAGCUCGCCAUCUCUUGCAACGGGUAGGGCAGGACAAAGUGAGAGUCCUGACUCACUGCAAUACUGGCUCAUUGGCCACUGCUGGUUAUGGCACUGCACUUGGUAUCAUUCGCUCGUUACAUGCCAUGGGCCGUCUGGAGCAUGUUUACUGCACUGAAACACGGCCAUACAAUCAGGGGGCCCGGCUGACUGCUUAUGAGUUAGUAUAUGAGCAGGUGCCUUCAACACUCAUUGUUGAUAGCAUGGCCUCCUUGGCAAUGAAAGAAAAAAAGAUAUCAGCUGUCAUUGUGGGAGCAGACAGGGUUGUUGCUAAUGGAGACACUGCCAAUAAAGUUGGUACUUAUCAGCUGGCAAUUGCUGCAAGAUACCAUGGGAUUCCCUUCUAUGUGGCAGCACCCAGCACUUCCUGUGACCUGCAAUUAAAACAUGGAGGGCAGAUCGUUAUUGAGGAGCGGCCAAGCCAGGAAUUGACAGACAUCAACACUGUACGAAUUGCAGCACCAGGCAUUGGAGUUUGGAAUCCAGCCUUUGAUGUCACUCCUCAUGAACUGAUAACUGGUGGUAUUGUCACUGAGUUUGGAGUCUUUCCUCCUGCUGAACUUCAGGCAGCCCUGACACGGGAAGUGUUUAAAAUAUAAAGAACCUGAGUUAAGUUGUUUCCAGAUAGGGUGUGAAUCUAAUCUUCAACAAUUGUUACUAGGCCUUCUUUCCCUAAUCUGCAACCUUUCCAGAUAUUUGGGAUGCAGAUUUUUUAAAAAAAUUUAUUUUGUCACAACAGUAUACGCACACAUUGACAUAAAACAACAACACAUCAUAUAAACAUAUAUAUAAGCAAAGGUAUGCAACAACUUUAUUAAUUUGAUAUAAUGAAAGGGAACAAUAGGACAGGAACGGUAGGCACUUUUGUGCUCUUAUGCACGCCCCUUAUAGUCCUCUUAGGAAUGGGAUGAGGUCCACAGUAGACAGUUUUUGGUUGAAGUUUUUGGGAUUUUGAGAAGAGACCACAGAGUCAGGUAGUGAGUUCCAAGCAUUUUGUAUUUUGUACAACUGAAAAUUGUAGUUCCAAUUGCUGCAAGAUACCAUGGGAAUACCACUGGGGUUUGGGGAACUUGUACUAGAAAUUUUUGAUUUUGAUGUAAAAUCUUGAUAUUUCUGCAACUUUGUUACUGAAUGUUUGCAUUUGCAAAUUCAGCAAAUUAAAUAAUGUUUCUUUCUUGAGUUUCGUCUACUUCGGCUUUGUGAGGCUUGCUUGGUUUUGGAAUUUUUGAGUCAUAUUAUGACAUAUAAUUUUUCUUCGACUUCAAAUUAUUUUUUAAAAAUAUGUAUAAUAUAAUUCUUUAUCUGAAUCAUUUUUCAAUUGUUGCUUAGAUUUCUUUAUUGAUAUUCUACUAUGUAUUCACUGGCCUGGUGGCACAGUUGUUAGAAUGCAGUAUUGCAGGCUAACUCUGUUCACAAUCUGGAGUUUGGUCCUGACGGGCUCAAAGUUGGCUCUAUCCUUCCAUCCUUCAGAGGUCUGUAAAAUGAGGACCCGGAUAUUGGGGCAAUAUGCUGACAUUGUAAACCACUCAGAGAGUGCUGUAAAGCACUGUGAAGCAAUAUAUAAGUCUAAGUGCUAUUGCUAGUGCACCAUUUUUAAAACUGUUCUUAAGGUCCUUUGGUGUUGUAUUUUACAUGAUUUUAAUCUUAUGACAACAGGUUUCUGCAGCAUUGGCUUCCAAUGUAGGAAUUUUGUACCAGAAAAUCUUUUUCAAUACAUUUUAUGUAAACCUAAUCUUGGUAGAUAUAAAAGUAUGACCCUCUACUGAUCUCUCUAUUGUGGAAAAGGCAAGAAAAUUCAGUGAGGAUAGUCUGACAUAAUAAGGUUCAUGGCAGAGGUCACCAUUGGCUUACUUCUGCUUUACUUUCAGUAGAGUAACUGUUUAGGAUCAAUGCACAUGACAAAUAUAACUUGUGAAUGUAUGACAUGACAUUUAAGUUCCUUCUUGACUGCCUCAGAUCUUGCAAGCUGAUUCUUGUUUUCAUUUUCUGUUCUUUAGACAAAAUUCAUUCCUCACAACAGGCCAUGUGUUUGUCAUUACUUUUCAUCAGAAUAAGGUGAAAUUUUACAAUAAGUUAUUUUGAAAUGAAAAUUGGGUGCCGAAAGAGAAAGAUAAAAUUUCAGAGCAGUGGAAUGGGAUAAAGUUUCUAUAGUAACAAAUAAAAAUUAAAGACAUAGGCAGGAAUUGUUUUGAAUGAAUAUGGUUUAAAUACAAAGGUGUUUGAUGAGAAUGUAAGAAGUUUAUUGAGGUGGACUGAAUAAUUGCAAAUUGAAAUUCAACACACAUAUACACAAACACACACACAAAAUGAAUGGGCUGAAAGAAAGAGAAAGACUUAAAAUACAAUGAUUCUCAAAUUCAAAAGUUCAUGAGAUCAUCAAAAAAAAAAAAGUGAUAAAUUGAAAGCUCCAAAGACAGUUUAAGACACUAUGUAUGGACGUAGUGGAAGAAAGGAUAGCUUGCAAUGUUAGAAAUGUUAUGGAGAAGAAAUUUAGAAUAGAAUGGAAAUGGAAACGGAAACAGAAUAGAAUAGAAUAGAAUAGAAUAGAAUAGAAUAGAAUAGAAUAGAAUAGAAUAGAAUAGAAUUCUUUAUUGGCCAAAUGUGAUUGGACACACAAGGAAUUUGUCUUUGGUGCAUAUGCUCUCAGUGUAUAUAAAAAGUCAAGAUACAUUCGUCAAGAAUCAUAAGGUACAACACUUAAUGAUAGUCAUAGAGUACAAAGCAUUCAAAUCAUACUAGGAAACAAUAUCAGUAUAAAUCAUAAGGAUAUAAGCAACAAAGUUACAAUCAUGCAGUCAUAAGGGGGAGGAGAUGAUAUUGGUGUUAACUAGAUUUAGUUAAAUUUCCUUUCAUUUUCUCUCUUAUUUCUUUUCUGUACUAUUUCCUACUCUUUCUGUUCCUUGAAUAACACUACUAAUCCCAAAGGAAAUUGUGUGAUGAUGCAUAUGAAUAUGAAUACUGCUCAUAUUUGACUUAAUAACGAGAUAUAAACAAAAACAUGAAUAAAUAAAAGCAUGUACCAGAAAUUGUGUUGAUCCAGAAACAUGAUCAUGUUUAUUGGACCCGUGUCCCUCCUGGUUGGUACUGGCCACCCGGGAAGUGACACAAGGCUGGCUCCAGAAAAUUGUGAACGCUUCUUUGAUGGAGGGUGUUUUCCCUGCCGCCUUGAAAGAGGCGGUUGUGAGGCCCCUCCUCAAGAAGCCUUCCCUGGACCCAGCUAUUUUAGCAAAUUAUCGUCCGGUCUCCAACCUUAGCUUUGUGGCGAAGGUUGUCGAGAGUGUGGUUGCAUGACAGUUGCCCCAGUACCUGGAUGAAACUGUCUAUCUUGAUCCAUUCCAGUCCGGUUUCCGGCCUGGUCACAGCACGGAAACAGCCUUGGUCGCGCUGGUUGAUGAUCUCUUGAGGGCUCGGGACAGAGGUUGUUCCUCUAUCCUGGUCCUAUUAGAUCUCUCAGCGGCUUUUGAUACCAUCGAUCAUGGUAUCCUGCUGCGCCGACUCGGGGGACUUGGAGUGAGGUGCACUGUUCAUCGGUGGUUCUCCUCCUACCUCUCCGACCGGUCACAGACGGUGUUGACGGGGGGACAGAGAUCGACCCCAAGGCGCCUCUUAUGUGGGGUGCCGCAGGGGUCGGUUCUCUCGCCUCUUCUGUUCAACAUCUAUAUGAAGCCGCUGGGUGAGAUCAUCCGUGGUCUUGGGGUGAGUUGUCAUCUAUACGCUGAUGAUACUCAGCUCUAUAUUUCCACCCUAACCACCCCAAUGAGGCUGUUGAAGUGAUGUCCCAGUGCCUGGAGGCCGUAUGGGUCUGGAUGGGGAGGAACAGACUCAGACUCAAUCCCACCAAGACCGAGUGGCUGUGGAUGCCGGCGGCCCAGUCAGCUAAUUCCAUCACUGACCAUUGGGGGCGAACUAUUGGCCCCCACGGAAAGGGCCCAUAAUCUGGGCAUCCUCCUGGAUGCACGGCUGUCUUUAGAAGAUCAUAUGAUGGCCAUCGCCAGGGGAGCUUUUCAUCAGGUUCGCCUGAUACGCCAGUUACGCCCCUUUCUGGAUCGGGCUUCCUUAUGCACGGUCGCUCAUGCCCUUGUUACAUCCCGCCUGGACUACUGUAAUGCUCUCUACAUGGGGCUCCCCUUGAAGGGUACCCGGAGACUCCAACUGGUCCAGAAUGCGGCUGCGCGGGUGAUAGAGGGAGCACCUUGUGGCUCCCGUGUAACACCCCUCCUGCGUAAUCUGCACUGGCUCCCGGUGGUCUUCCGGGUUCACUUCAAGGUACUUGUUAUCACCUUUAAAACGCUCCAUGGCCUACGGCCGGGAUAUUUACGGGACCGCCUACUGCCACCAUUAGCCUCUCACCAACUAGUGCACUCUCACAGAGAGGGCCUCCUCCGGAUACCGUCAGCUAAACGAUGUCGGCUGGCGACCUCCAGGGGGAAGGCCUUCUCUGUGGGGGCCCCUACCCUCUGGAACGAGCUCCCUCUGGGGCUUCGUCAACUCCCCAAUCUCAGGUCCUUCCGCCGCGAGCUGAAGACGUUGCUGUUUCGAAGAGCAGGACUAGCUUGAACGUAGUUUUAAAUUGGGGUUUUUAAAUCAGGGUUUUAAAUGGGUUUUAAAUUUGUAUUUAAAAGUUUUAAGGCAUCAACUGAAUUUAGUUGUCUAUUCUUUUUGCUGUUUUAUAUGUAUUAUAUGUUUUCUGUUGUUUUAUUGGCUGUGAAGCGCCCUGAGUCCUUCGGGAAAUGGGCGGUAUACAAAUAUAAUAAAUAAUAAUAAUAAUAAUAAUAAUAAUAAUAAUAAUAAUAAUAAUAAUAAUAAUAAUAAUAAUAAUAAUAAUAAUAAUGAUCAAAAUAGAUAGAAGUUUAAUCUCUCUUGUUUGAGGAUUUUAGUCAACCUAUUUUCUGUCAAUGAUGCUCUUAGAAGAAUUACUGUGAUUAUGUAUUGAAAUGCUUUAAACCCUUCAAAGAUUCUGUUCCUUACUUGUUUUAAUACAGCAGAAUUAAUGUUGAAAUUAAAAUGGGCAACCUCAUAUAGAAAGGAAGGAUCUAUGGGGUUCUGUAUAGGUAUGGGCCAUUUUAAUUGGACAGAAUGAAAACAAUAAUAGUUCAUGCUCAUAAAUCUGUUUUUUUUUAAAGCAUUUAAAUUUCCUAGGGCUUCAGAAUCUAUAUAGGAGAUUUUAAAUUUGCAACUAAUCAUUUUACAAAAGUAUAGCUCAAAGGAAUCUAAAUUUAACUUACUGGGGGGAAAAAGAGGUUAUGCUAGCUUUGAUUGACUAUAAUUUUCAGCAGCUGCAGAUCUAACCCUAUUUUAAAAAAUGCUGUCUCAAUUAAAUGAACUGAAUUUGAAGUUAUGACUGCUGUAGUAGGGCUUGAUCAGUACCUUUGUAAAUGUUCUGUAUAGUUUGGUUGCGUUUGACUGACCCUAAUGAUUUUUUAUUUCACCAAUUCACAGAUGGUUCUUGACGCACUGUGUUCAUGAAAAAUCCUAAUGUGAAAAUUUGCUUAAGGUCAGGAUAAUUUAAAUAGGCUGUCAAGAGAAGCUUUUAGAAAACCCAGUGUGUGACUCUAAUCUGCAAGAAUUCUCAUUAGCUGUGCCUUAUAUUAAGACAUUGAUUUUUGGCUCUGUUCCUUCAAGUGGAAAGUUCCUCUUUCAUCAGUGUGGAUGGUGGGUAUAUUAAAAAUAAUUUCUCUCUCUGGAUGUUGUAAUGCCUGUUUAAUGGUCUUGUUGGAAAGGUUAAAACCAAUUAUUGUUGUGAUUUUUUUCCUUCUGGCAUUUCCGUUGUGCAUCAUGGGUCAAACAAUUAGCAACCAUAAAAAUGUUCAUUGUAGAAUGCUGCUCUUGUUAUAUCUAUGUAUCAAGAGCAAGUUAACAUUUUUUUUCAUUAAAAUGAAUACCCUAAUAUUAAGUUAUUGUUAUGGCAUUGUAACAUUUGCUACAAUAUGUAUCAUUUCUAAUCUACAUGGAAAUAAAUUAUUCUUUAUUCUAACUAUUGCUGAUUGUUAUUUUAACAGCUUUAUAAAAGUAUUGAUUUUAUUUAAUUUGUACAAAAUCUAUAUUAUCUUUCAGAAAAUGUACUUUUGAUUAUUUUCUUUUCUUGUCUAGUUUGGGAUUCUUCAAAUGAGAAAAAAUGUCUUGUAUUUGUUUAAUUAAAAUAAUAUCUUUUAAAAUAUCCUAUUUAUUUUGUACUUUUGUCUCCGGACCUAAAACUAUGUUUUUUAGCACUAGGUGGCA